GUGGACGGCGGCGGCGGUGACGGCGGCACGGGCGGUGGCGGCGGUGACGGCGGCACGGACGGCGGCGGCGAAAAGGGCGAGGCCGACGGUGGCGGAGGCGACGGCGAGGCCGACGGUGGCGGCGGCGAGGGCGAGGCGGAGGGGGGCGGCGGCGACGGCGAGGUUGACGGCGGUGGCGGCGGGGGCGACGCUGAGGGCGGCGGCGGCGAGGGCGAGGUGGACGGCGGCGGCGGCGAGGGCGAGGCCGACGGCGGCGGCGGCGACGGCAAGGCGGACGGCGGCGGCGGCGACGGCGAGGCGGAGGGGGGCGGAGGCGAGGGCGAGACCGACGGCGGCGGUGGUGACGGCGGCACGGACGGUGGCGGAGGCGACGGCGACACGGACGGCGGCGGCGGAGAGGGCGAGGCCGACGGUGGCGGUGGUGACGGCGGCACGGACGGGGGCGGCGGCGACGGCGAGGCGGAGGGGGGCGGAGGCGAGGGCGAGGCCGACGGUGGCGGUGGGGAGGGCGAGGCCGACGGCGGCGGCGGCGAGGGCGAGGCGGAGGGCGGCGGCGGCGAGGGCGAGGCGGAGGGCGGCGGCGGCGACGGCGAGGUUGACGGCGGUGGCGGCGAGGGCGACGCUGAGGGCGGCGGCGGCGAGGGCGGCACGGACGGUGGCGGAGGCGACGGCAAGGCGGAGGGAGGCGGCGGCGAGGGCGAGGCGGAGGGCGGCGGAGGUGACGGCGGCACGGACGGGGGCGGCGGCGAAGGCGACACAGACGGCGGCGGCGGCGACGGCGAGGCGGAGGGGGGCGGAGGGGAGGGCGGCACGGACGGUGGCGGCGGCCAGGGCGACACGGACGGCGGCGGCGAUGAGGGCGAGGCCGACGGUGGCGGUGGUGACGGCGGCACGGACGGUGGCGGCGGCGAGGGCGACACGGACGGUGGCGGCGGCGAGGGCGACACGGACGGCGGCGGCGGUGAGGGCGAGGCCGACGGCGGCGGCGGCGAGGGCGAGGCGGAGGGCGGCGGCGGCGACGGCGAGGCGGAGGGCGGCGGCGGCGACGGCGAGGUUGACGGCGGUGGCGGCGAGGGCGACGCUGAGGGCGGCGGCGGCGAGGGCGGCACGGACGGUGGCGGAGGCGACGGCAAGGCGGAGGGAGGCGGCGGCGAGGGCGAGGCGGAGGGCGGCGGAGGUGACGGCGGCACGGACGGGGGCGGCGGCGACGGCGACACAGACGGCGGCGGCGGCGACGGCGAGGCGGAGGGGGGCGGAGGGGAGGGCGGCACGGACGGCGGCGGCGGUGAUGGUCGAGCAGCUGCGCUGCUGGUGGCGGCGACGGAGGCGCGGGCGGCGGCGGCGGCGGUGGCGGAGGUGGCGGAGGUGGCGGAGGUGGCGGCGGCGAGGGCGAUGCCGAGGGAGGCGGUGGCGAGGGCGAUGCUGAGGGAGGCGGCGGCGACGGCGACACGGAUGCCGGCGGGGGUGACGGUGAUGCUGAGGGUGGCGGGGGCGACGGCGAUGCUGAGGGCGGCGGCGGCGAGGGUGAGGCGGACGGCGGCGGCGGCGACGGCGAGACGGACGGCGGCGGGGGCGACGGCGAUGCUGAGGGCGGCGGCGGCGAUGGUGAGGCGGAGGGAGGCGGCGGCGAUGGCGGCGGCGGCGAUGGUGGCGACGGCGAUGGUGGUGACGGCGGCGGGGGAGGCGGUGAUGGUAGCGACGGCGGCGCGGGCGAAGCGAAGACGUAGAACUUGCACACCGUCAGCCCCGUCGCAGACCACGGCCGGUUGA